GAGUACUAUUUUGUCUAAUUUGGCAUCAUUCUUUCUCAGUCGAGGGUUAGCUUUUAAACCUCUCUUCCACUCUACUCUCUCACUCUCUCUGCCAUUAUACAUAUAUAUGUAUAUGUAUAAUAGAAAAAUGGCGGCUCUUAACAAAGUAGUUGGCUCAAGACUUGGUUUAUCCCACUCUUCCCUUCUUCCUCCUGCUCUUCUAAUCUGUUGCAGAGGAAUUACUUCUAAGCUCUUUGUUGGAGGGCUUCCGUUUUACACUAAUGAGAAGGGAUUAUCAGAGGCAUUCUCCCAACAUGGUCAAGUUAUUGAAGCUAAAAUUGUAAUGGACAGGGUAUCGGACAAAUCAAAAGGGUUCGGGUUUGUAACUUUCGCUUCAGAAGAUGAAGCACAAAAAGCUCUAACAGAGAUGAAUGGAAAGGAGCUAAAUGGACGAGUUAUCUUUGUGGAUUAUGCAAAGCCCAAAGCUGAUUUUGGUGGAGGGAUGCCAAUAGCAAGGGGACCUCCUAGACCUGCACCUUCAAUUGGCAAAGACGAUAUAGAGAUAAUGUAAGUUUGAAUAUUCUCUUCCAUCAAAAAGAUUCAACAAAAUCUAUUAAGUAUGCACAGAAUCUCUCACUAAUUUUUGAGACGAAAUAUGUCCAACUUUUUUAUGUCAUUCAUACAUACGUUUCUUUUACUGGAAGAAUAAUUUUGUUGACUUUGAAUUAUGUUUGGUAAAGUUUAUGUCAGUGGACGAAAACAUUGUGUGUAGAUAGAACUCUAUAAUAACUCCUUUAUUUGAUUCAGUA